AUGAAGCACCAUCUGAUGAUUGGGACUUGGUAAGUAGAGCCUUCGUCUACUUCUUGCAUCUGAUUUCUUUGAACAACACAUCAUGCAUGCGCGUUUACAUGUGUGUAUUCUGAACCCUUUGAGAAAGAAAGCACACAAGCCAAAAAAAAAAAGCCCCUCCCGACGUCAAAUCUCCCAAUAUACCAUUUGCGCCUCCCAAUUCAACCCAUCCAUCCACUCACAAGCCCAAUCCACAGGACCCCUCCAGGCGCAAUCUUCACAGUCUCCUUCGACGACCAAACCCACGCCCUCGAACUCGUCAAGAAGACCGAAAUCCCCCACGAGCAACCAAUCUCAUGGAUGACUUUUGACGUAAAAAAUAAACAAGCCCAACCCACCACUCGCCACCUUACUCACGUUUGUCGUCUGUUCAGCAUGCCCGGAAGAACAUCUACGGCGCCGGGAUGAAAAAAUGGGGCUCCUACGCCGUCCAGACCCCUUCGGAAAUUCAACACCAGGCUUCCUUACCUAUGGGUGAACAUCGUGAGCUUCACCAUCGGUAACUUCUCACGACAGCGCAUGCGGCUGAUGUUCUUAGCUCUCGCGAACUCCACGGAAACCAAAACCCGAGCAAUCUUCGUCUUGGCGGCCAAGAAGCCCCCUUACAACGUCUACGGAAAUCCCUUCUACGACCAUGCAGGUCACCUUAAUGUCUUUAGCGUGAAUGAAUCCACUGGAGCUCUGGAGAAGAAUGUUCAAAAUGCAGAACUGGAUGAGAGGUCCGCGAUACACGGGAUGGUAUUCGAUCCGGAAGAGGAAUUUUUGUAUUCGGCCGAUAUGUGGGCGAAUAAGAUCUGGUGUCAUAAGAAGGUCCGUCUCGUGUCCCAGAAGAUUACAGAGAACAAAAAAAGGGAGAAAAGAACCGUACCAAACGCUUUCUUCUUUUGAUAGGGAUCAAUCUCCCACCGCUGACUUUGAGAAUGUUGUACUACAGGACAGCCAAACCGGCGAGCUCACGCUUGUCGGCUUCGUCGAGGCCCCCUCGGCAGGCGAUCAUCCCCGAUGGGUGGAAAUCCACCCUUCCGGCGCAUACCUCUACGUCCUCAUGGAAGCCGGCAAUCGCGUGUGCGUGUACGUCAUCGACGAGAAGACGCACCUGCCCGUCUACACACGCACGCACUACCCCCUGAUCCCACCCGGUUUCGACACCUUCCACCCGAAAAUGUAUCGCUCCGACGUCGUCUUCUGCUCGCAGAGCGGCGACUAUCUCUUCGCCACGGCGCGGUCCAAUAGCCCCCGGUUGACGGGUUACAUUGCCGCGUUCAAGCUGGGGCCGCAGGGCCAGGUGCAGCGGCAGAUUUGUCUGAAUCCGACGCCGACGAGUGGCGGGCAUAGUAAUGCCGUGAGUCCCUGUCCGUGGACGGACGAGUGGUUGGCGCUGUGCGAUGAUGAACAGGGCUGGGUGGAAGUGUACCGAUGGCAGGAUGAGUUCCUGGGCCGCGUCGCACAUCUGGACAUCAAGGAGCCGGGGUUCGGCAUGAACGCUAUUUGGUAUGAUUGA